CACUCUUCACUCUUCACUCUUCAGUUUGUCCUUUGACGUCUCGUGUGUGAUGCAACACAGCCGCGCUGAGAUGCAGCAGCUGUGGGAAGGCUGGACCACAGUCUCUGACCAGGUCUACAGCAACCCCAAGGUAACACUGCUGAUGAACAGCAGAGUGGGUCAGUACCUGAGUGGACGUCCUGUGUUGGCUCUGGCCGUCUUCUUCUUCUGUGUCACGGCUGCAGUUCCAGUGGGAAUCUUCCUCGCGUUCGCUGUGGCCACCGCCAUCAUGUCGGCAGUCAGCUUGGUGUUUUUGGAGGGGUUCCUGCUGAGCGUGGCGGCCAUCACUCUGCUCUGCGUCCUCUCCGGCCUGGCCUUCUUCUCCGUGAUGAUGUCAGCCAUCUUUGCAGCCUUUUACGUCACCGUCUCCAGCCUGAUCAACUUCUACCACACCUCACAGAUGACCAAGCAGAAAGUCAGCGACGAGGAGGACAAUGAAGAGGAAAUGUUGACGAAGGACAAGAUGAAAUAAUUCAAGUGGAGAAAACAAAACCUGCUGAUGUUCAACACUGUUUCCACAUUACUUUAUAUCA